CCACCAAGCAGUUGGGAGACUGGAGGAGAUACUCUUGAUCACAAACACGGAGAUCUCAUAUUUUUCUCAGAGCGCCCAUUACUUCAUCCAGGGAGUGCCGUGACCAUGUUGCUCAAUGCUGAAAUCGCCCUCUCGACUUCCAAGGUCCUCUUGGUCCCAUACUCAACAUGGCAUGUUCCCCGCUAUCAUGAAUGGAUGCAGGACCAGGAAAUCCAAGAAGCAACUGCCUCGGAACCAUUAUCUAUCGAAGAGGAAUAUGCCAUGCAGCGCAGCUGGCGACAAGACGCAGACAAGCUAACAUUCAUCGUCUGCCGCCCACUCGCCUCAUCCGAAGGAGAAUCUAUCCAACUAUCGUCCGAAAGUGACUGCUCCCAGAAUAUGGUCGGAGAUAUUAACCUCUUUCUCCGCAUCGACGACGGCGAGGAAGGAGACGCACCGCCCGAAAUAGUCGGGGAAAUCGAGCUUAUGAUCGCCGAGAAAGCGAACCAGGGACAGGGGUUUGGAAAAGCUGCGUUGCUUACUUUCUUGCGGUAUAUCGUCGAGAGACAAGCCGAUAUCAUUGAGGAAUUCGUCAAUGCUGAUGUGCAGACGGAAACGGUGGACAGGUUGAGGGCCGCGCGGGCGAGUCUUGGGUUCGCGUGUCUGAGUGUUAAGAUUGGACAGGCCAAUUCGAGGAGCUUGGCCCUGUUUGAGAGUCUAGGAUUUAGAAAGGUCUCUGCCGAGCCGAACUACUUUGGGGAGUUUGAGUUGAGGCGGGUUGAGUUGGAGAUAGGAGCUAUUGAUGAAGCUCUUUCCGUGGCUGGUGUGAAUGAUUACCUGGAGAUACCAUAUACGCGCAAGGAAUAAACUAGAGGGAUAGACUAUCCGAUACGAAGGAUUUCUUUCGUGACGAAUUCAAUUUCUUUGUCAAAAGCGCCUAUCAACUAGAAACGUGGAUUCGCAAAGG